UAUGAUAGAUUGUCUUUCCAUGUUCGAGUCUUAAGAGUAAUAGUUUCCCACAGCAUAUUUGCAGGAGAUGAAGUAAGGCUUUUUACAUAGCACCCUGUUGGCAAACAGAAAUAGCAUUUACUCCAAUGAGCGCUGCCAAGUAUGAGGUACUUCCGAAUGAACUUCAAAAGCUCUGAAACAAGCAUUAGCUGCUGCUUCAAAAAUGUGAACAAUGCCAUUGCUUUCUAGCAAGCAGAACUGGUGAGAGCGGGGAUCGGAAGGAGGAAAAAUAACAACUGGAUGUGAUGGAUGUUAUAGUAGCACUUGGGAUCAGACAGAAAGCAUAACUCUCUGUCACAGGCGGAUUUUGGGGGGGGUGUGUAUAAUAGUACCUAAAGGUGUUCUCUGCACUUGAGGAGGAAAGAGUUUCCAACCUGAGGAACAUAGUCUAUGGAGACUCAGCAAAGUGCUUGGGAAGGAGCAGUCAUACAAGCCCAAGCUGUUGGGAGUGCUGAUAGGAGUGAGUUGUGCUGAUUCCAAGCCUGGUGAGGAGUUUUCUUACCAGCACCCUUUCCAGUUCCACCAAGUGAGAAGAGUGAUGACCAUCCUUUUCCUUACUAUGGUUAUCUCAUACUUCAGUUGCAUGAAAGCUGCCCCGAUGAAAGAAGCUAGUGUAAGAGGACAAGGCAGCUUGGCUUACCCAGGUCUUCGGACCCAUGGGACUCUUGAGAGCCUAAACGGGCCCAACGCUGGUUCAAGAGGACUGACGUCGCUGGCGGACACUUUUGAACAUGUCAUAGAGGAGCUCCUAGAUGAGGACCAGGACAUCCAGCCCAGCGAGGAAAACAAGGAUGCAGACUUGUACACAUCCCGAGUCAUGCUAAGCAGUCAAGUGCCUUUGGAACCCCCGCUGCUCUUUCUCCUCGAGGAGUACAAAAACUACUUGGAUGCUGCAAACAUGUCCAUGAGGGUCCGGCGCCACUCCGACCCAGCUCGCCGCGGGGAACUGAGCGUGUGUGACAGCACGAGCGAGUGGGUGACGGCGGCAGAGAAAAAGACUGCAGUGGACAUGUCCGGGGCGACUGUAACAGUCCUGGAAAAAGUCCCGGUACCCAAAGGCCAACUGAAGCAAUACUUCUACGAGACCAAAUGCAACCCCAAGGGGUACACAAAGGAGGGCUGCAGGGGCAUAGACAAGAGGCACUGGAACUCCCAGUGCCGAACUACCCAGUCUUACGUGAGAGCUCUCACCAUGGAUAAUAAAAAGAGAGUUGGCUGGCGCUUUAUAAGAAUAGACACUUCCUGUGUAUGUACAUUAACCAUUAAAAGGGGAAGAUAGUGGAUUCGUGUUGUAUAGAUUAUAUUGAGACAAAAUUAUCUAUUUGUAUAUAUACAUAACAGGGUAAAUUAUUCAGUAAAAAAUUAAUUUUAUGGACUGCAUGUAUAACUGAAGUUUAUACAGUACAGUGGUUCCACAAUCUAUUUAUUGAACAUAUCCAUGACCUGAAGGGGAACAAAAGUCAUUUGCGCACAAGUUUAAAAAAAAGAAAAAAAAAAA